AACUUCUCACGAUCAUUUCACUUCAUCAUCCACCUUCCAUUAUUAUCAUAUUCUCUCCUCUCCUCCACUACUUUACCUUCUCCACACUUAACAUCACAAAAAAUCUCAUAAACCCAACCACAAUGCAUUCCCAACAUUUCCUCACUUUCUUCUUCUUCCUUCUCCUCUCCUCCACCACCCUCACUUCUUCAACACCAUCAUCACAAAACGACGACACUUUCGAUUUCGCUCGUCCUAUAGAUCGCAAGUUGUUAGGCCUAAACAAGAAGGAAAAGCUAAGUCAAUUUAGAUUCUAUUGGCAUGACAUUUUGAGUGGAAAAAACCCAUCUUCAAUCACGGUUGUUCCACCACCAUUGAAACUAAACACAACCACUGCUUUUGGUUCAGUUCGCAUGAUUGAUAACCCUUUAACAUUAGGACCAGAAUUGAGUUCCAAACUUGUUGGAAAAGCUCAAGGCUUCUAUGCAUCUGCUUCACAGGUUGAACUUGGAUUUCUUAUGGCUAUGAAUUUAGCUUUCAUUGAAGGAAAGUAUAAUGGAAGUACUAUUACUAUCUUGGGGAAGAAUCCUGCUAUGAAUAAGGUGAGAGAGAUGCCUGUUGUUGGUGGGAGUGGACUCUUCAGAUUCGCCAGAGGCUAUGCUCAAGCUAAUACUCAUUGGAUUGAUUACAAAUCUGGAGAUGCUUGUGUUGAGUACAAUGUUUAUGUUUUUCACUAUUGAGUUGUUAAUUAUUGUUGUUGUUCAUGUUAUGUUUAUUUUAGUAUUUAUGUUUGUUUGUAUGUGAACUUUUAAUUCAAUAUUGAUAUAUUCAUCUAAGAAUCUACCAACUAUUCAAAGGUAGAAUUAUUAA